UUAUUUUUCGUGCCAUCCUCAGCCACACGAACACGCACCACCCAGUCCACCCAGUCCUUGGGUGACAGCCCUUGCCAGCACACAAGCAUGGGACUUUUUGCACUGGUUUUGCUGUGGUGCGUUAGUGACACACUCGCCGCCAGCAAGGAGGUAGAAGCAUGGCGCGCGAUGCAGGUGCGCCGACCCACCCCGAACGAGCUGCGCGCGACGGGCCGCAUCUUCGGCGGCAUGGAGACGAACAUCAAGGACGCUCCCCAUCAGCUAUCGCUGCGGCGCUUUGACACGCACAUCUGCGGCGCAUCCGUGGUGGAUGCAUCGCUGGCCAUCACGGCAGCGCACUGCUUGACGCCCAAACCAUCGCCCGAGUUUAUCACCCUCAUGGGAGGCUCUACGAAUCGGACGGAUUACGACGUGGGCGUGAUAUUUUAUGCGAUCGAGUUAAUAAUCCAUCCCGGCUACAAUUCCAACACAUUCCACAACGAUGUCGCCCUGGUCCGCAUCGAGGGCACGUUCGGGGGGUACGAAAAUGUGGCCCCGAUUCCGCUGCGCACUCGUACGAUAUUUACCUCCAGCUCCAAUCCCGUCUACUGCACGGUUUCGGGCUGGGGUCUUACCAACAUGAACGGCGACGGCCUUCCCGAGAUGCUGCGCAUCGUGCGCAUUCCACUGGUGCCGCACACCGAGUGCCGGCGGAAGUGGAAUCCAUUUCCGAUUACGACCUCCAUGAUCUGUGCCGGAGAGCUGCGGAAGGACGCGUGCAACGGUGACAGUGGCGGCCCGCUGGUGUGCAAUGGGCAGCUGUACGGCGUCGUGUCGUGGGGCUCUAACCAGUGCGGCAGCUCCUACCCGGGGAUAUACACCAGCAUUCCGGCUGUGUUGAGCUUCCUGAGCGAAUACAUGUCCCCGAUGCAGUUCGACGCGGCUUAACGAGGGAGUGGAGCUUAAACGAGGGGAGUAAGCGAAUGUCGCGGUGUAGAGAUGUGCGGAACAAAAUAAACGAUUCACUCCU